UUGGUUUCAGGCCACGUUACGUUAGAAGUUGUUUGUUUACGUUUUAUUUAUCAAAACAGAUUUGAACUGAUUAAAUAAUUACUACUGUACUGUACUUCGAGAUGUUGAGGAAACUCCGUUCGUCCAUUUAAUCUCUAGUGUUUCGUAGCUUCCUUCUUUUAAUCUACAGAUAUAUUUAGUAAACAUGAUUAUUUAUGCUUUAAUAGUCAGGACGAAAGAUGGAAUGGCUCUCUCUGCAACCACUGAUUUUAAUGAUGAAGUCAACAAAUCGAUCAAAGAAAGUAAAAGAUACGUAAAAUUACUAGCGAAAAAGGCAUCAACACUUCCCGACAGAUGCACUUUAUAUUUAAGCCUUCAUUCUGUGCACUUCAUAUCAGCUCUAGGUGUAACAUACCUUGCGCUAUGUGAUUCAUCCUACCCGACUGUUCUGGCCUUCAGUUUUCUCAGCGAGCUGAUGAGAGAUUUCAUCACUAAAUAUGAGACUGUACGCAUCAACAUGGCUCGCAGGCCCUACUCAUUUAUAGAAUUUGACAACUUCAUACACAAGACAAGGCAGAGGUACAACAAGCCGCAGAGUCUGACAACGAGAGUAAACUUGGCUGAACUUAGCGAAGAAAUGAAACUGAGGGCUCCACACUUGCUCAACAUUGCGGACAUUGAACCUGUAAAAAAUGGCUACCGCAGCUACAACAUUCCACAGCCAGCCGUGGGUCCACCGCCGCGGCUAGAGCCUUUAUCUUGGUUUGCUACGUUUGUAGUCUCCCAAGCCUGCAUACUCUCAGCAUUAGGGAUCUAUAGAAGUUUGAAGGCUCUUUCGGAAUCUUCAUUAGAGGAAUAUGAUGGACCAAGCCCCUUUCACGGAUUCAUUUUCCUCCUAGAAAGCUGUUUGAGAAUAUUUCAGGUAUUCCUAAUCCUACAACAGUCGAGGUAUCGCCUGCCGCUGAGCUGGACCAGUCUGGCACUGCUGGCUGUUUGUGCGUGGCUUGUGUGGGAGCUGCGAGAUGAGUGGCAAUGUUCUGUGUUUCUAGCCAGCGCGGUGUUGUGUCACGUCGCUGUCUCCCGGCGAAGAAUACGCAUCAAACUACCCGACUACAACGUCUGACAAAACCUCUUCCUCUAGAUACAAGAAAAUCACACUGCAGAAAAUUGGGAUUCAGAACAGGACAAAAUAUUUUAAGGUGUUAAAAAAUCUGUGGUUUGUAUUCAAACUAUAGGCUACUUGACCAAUCAUUAUAUAAUUUCAUAUUGGUUCAGAUGUAAAAAAAAUCUCCAAAAACCUAACCUCUGACAUGCUGUGAUAGUUAUUUGAAGAGGAAAUAUUAUUUUCCUACAGUCACCCGACAAAGUUGGCUUCCUUGUACUGUUUAUAGUACAGAAAGCUGCUAAUUGCUGCAUACUUAUACUUUGUCGUACGGUUUAUACUUUGGCGCACAUCAGGAUUCCAACAAAACAACACAAAACAGCGUGGUUCUAUUAUGCACAUAAUCCUUGUACGAUUGGAAAUAGGUUGGCAACACUUAAAGAUAAUAAUACUAUGAGCAGCUGAUUUGACUUUUAUAACUACGAUUUAACCUGUCAUUUCGUGUUGAUAGUUUAUGUUCUCUUUUCGGUAUUUCUGAACUUUCUAGACUUUUCUUUUAAACGUUUUUAAAACAUUCCUACGAUCUUAAUAAACAAGAAAAUACCUUUAAAGCAUUUUUUAGACGUGGAAACCACUGCAAAUUCCAAAAAUAUACGGAACUAUUUUCUCAAGUCGCGGAGCACAUUGCUUGCCGAGGAAAAAAUUGCGGAGUGAUACGUACCGGGGACUACUUUCUCUAGGCCACCUAUUUGUAAUGCCAGCUGAACCUAAAAACGUGUUGUAUAGAGUUUUCUCAAAAGACUAAUUAUUUAUAUGCUCUAUAGUGACUGUAGGAAAAAUAUAAUGUGUAACACGAGUGCAAAAGGCCUUUGCUGCACUCAAGAUCAUUCCGUCUCUCGCCUGCGGCUCGUGCGUAAACGUAGCUCUCGUGUGCAGCAAAGUGCCACUUUGCUCACUAGUUUCACAAAUAACUAUUUCAUCCAUUGUGAUUACAAGUGGACUUAAAUUUCUAGAACUGCUUACAUUUCAAAAGUAAAUGUAAUCUUGUUUAAGGUUAUGUUUUUCAAAUGUGGGCUAUAAAUGGUGAACAUUGUUUGCCUGGAGUUAAGUUUGUUAACCCAUCGCAGUAUUUAUUUCUGACUCAUUUGUAGUUUCUCUCCGUUUUCGUAUGAUGUAUGGUAACGUUUAGAAGUGCUGCACUUCGGCUGUGUUUAGGCAACUAUUAUUUAGGGUAUAGUACCAGUUAUCAACCACAUGAAAUUAAAAAUAUAAUAGCCAUAAGACUUACAAUUUCCCAUGGAGGGCUUGCUUAAAGCAAUGUUAUAUCCACCGGUCUCCAUAUUUUGUUUUGCGCAUUUCAACAUUUAAUGUUGUUAAAAAUACCCUUCGACGAUAAUUUGUACAAAGAAUUCAUAAAUUGAUCGGCAAUUUGAAGAUUUUAACCUUGUAAAUAGUUAGUUUUGAAAGUGCCUUUUAAAACAUUAGAUUUUUCUAUAAAAGAAAAAAAAAUAGGAAGCAUUUAUUUUUUAAGUCAUUCAUCAUAUUUGGUUAUCUAAGGAUGCUUUUUGACAACAGAUAAAACAGUAACAAGAACAGAGGUUGUGUUGAUCCUUUACAUUAUCAUAAUAAACCCUUUUUACACACACUAAAAUAUAUAAAUGUAUGAACUGUAUAUUAACUCAGGAUCAAUUAGUUCUGGGGCAUAUGUAAUUUUGAGUUGAGGGAUUUUGAAAUAAGCAAUUUUAUGAUUGAUGGCGAUAGAUAGGACAGAAUCAUGUAGAAUCGUGUAAUACCGGGUGUUUUGUCUGAAUGUGUGGCCGAGCUUGAGCUAACGUAUGACAUUAUUCUUCCAAAAUGGCUGCUUACGGCGACAUUGAUGCCUUUCCUGCGCUGCAACUUUUUACGGUCGAUUUUAUGAAAAUUUUUAAAGUUAAAGG